UGUUCCAUCUGUCCGGGCUCUCCUGUCCUUGGGACGCUCUGUGGCCGCUUCGCUCCGCGCCGGGCACAGGGCAGGGCAGCCGGUGGGAUGGCCACGGUGACCUCCUCAAGUGGAAAUACAGAAGUGGUCACAGUCAGAAGAACGGAGUCACGGGAUGUCCCAGCCAUUAUCAGCCUCUUCAGCUCUGUCACAGAAGAUGUGUUUGGAAGGAUGGAUGUCACUUAUCUCUUAGAACUAUCAAAUCUUGCUUUGACACUCUGCAAUGAGAAGAAUGAGGUUAUGGCACAUACUGCCUUUCUGGACUAUCCAAAUUGGAACAUCACUGAUCAGGCUGAAUGGGAACCAUUCCUGCAUGAAAACUACCCCAACAAUAAGUGCACUCCUUUGAACACGCUCUUUGUGCAUCUCUUUGUGGCAAAGGAAGGUUAUGCAGCUGGAUGCUCCCAAGAAAUUGUCAGGAAAGCUUUCAUCUUACUACCAGAUCUGCAGUUUAUACUUCUCUUUAUACCAGCUGAGAAGAGGUUAGGUUUUAGCCAUUCAGAGCUGGACCUGGGGGAUGUCUUUGAAAGAAUUGUGCCUGCUCCACUCUCACAUGUAGAGAGACGUUUCACCUUGCUGGCAUGCCCGAGGCAUCAUUGGCACCCACAGCUGUACGUGCGCCAAGCAAGGCUGGAAGAUUAUGAUGAUCUCAUGCUAAUCUGGACACCUCAAAGUGAGACUCUGAAGGAAACCUAUGGUGAAUAUCUCCUUGUUGAUCUCAUAGAACGUGAAGGUGAAGAAAAUCAGGCAGCUGUUUGUGAGGUUGGUGGCACUGCAGUAGGAUUCAUGAGCUUAUGUUCUGAUGUGAACAUCUCCUUGUUACAAGAGUGUUUUGACUUAGGGCCUUUCCAUGGACUCUGUAAACCACAUCCUGAGGAUAUUCUCGAAGUGCCACGGAAGCCAAGUGUUCAAGGAGAUGAAGAUGAAAGCAACCAAACAAGUCAACAGCCAGAGCCUGUUUCUUCUCAAAACUUGGAACAUGUUCCUGGUGCAGAUGCAGCUGUGCAGAAAGACGGAGCUGUGACCGUUUCCCAGACUGAACCGCUGGUAGACUCUCAAGGCUCAGCAGCACCUCUGCUGGAGACUGGUGAGGAGGGGGAUUUGCAUCCUGUGAAUGGAGGAGCUUCAAAUGUUUUCAGUAUCCGUCUGUUUUGUAUCGAUGAGCAGUAUAAAAGUAGGUCACUGGAUUUUUUGCAGUAUGCUUUCAAUGUUUUCCCAGACAGAGACUUGUGUGUCAUCCUGGUGCCACACCAUGUCCCCGAGUUCCCGCUGAUCCGGAGCUUUGUUCGGGCCGUCCCUUCCUGCCCGUCCAGGCUGGGUCGGGAGCUGUACGUGUUCCACAGGGCAGGAUUGUUCACGUCAUUUAAUGUAAGAAAAGCAGCAACCAGUGACUUGGAGGGUGUCAAAAGGCUCAUUGAAAAUCUUAGCUUGAAUGAAAAUAUGUGGAAUGACUCAAAGUUGUUCACUGAGACUCGCACGGAUCCAGAUGGGAUGCCACUACAGGCUUUUGUAGCAGAAGUUUUGGAUCAAGUCGUUGGUGUUGCUGUCACUAGGGAUGAAAUGGAUACUGAGUAUAUUCGAUCACAUUACAAUAUUGAGGACUUCAUUAAUUUUAACGACCACCAGCAAGAGGAACAUGGACAUCUUUUCCACUUUGUCUUAAAUCCUGUAUUUCAUCACUAUGCAAAAUACUUUCUAAAGGAGAUUCUUCGCUUGGGUCACAAAUCUUCUCUUUACUACCCUAUUUAUCCAGAAUAUGUGGAGAGCAAGUUCCAGCAUCCCUGUGCUCAUUCCCUGACAUCUGCCCUUCAUUACAUGGCUCCCGUGCGGCCGAGACGACAGAUUGUCUAUCCUCUGCAAGAGCUUGGCGUGAGCGCUCCGUCGGAGCAAGUCUCCAAGGAUCAGCUGAAAUAUUCUUUGAACCUCAUAAAUCGAAAGCUGGUGCUGGAACCAAAAGUGUGUAUCAACAGUAGAAUUGUGGUGGUUGGUGCAUCUGAUGUUGGAAUCUCUUUUCUGGAAACACUGAUUUUUUGGCCACGUCUGAAGUUCAACAACCUGACCUUGAUUUCCAUUCAUGGCCUUCCAGGAAAAGACCCACUGAUCUCCAAAUACAGAAGAUUUUUAAUUAACAGCCACUGCUUUAAUGAUGAAGAUUAUGCACAGAUGUCACUUUGUGCCUGGGUUAACGUUGUGGUUGGUAAAAUGACGAGCAUAAACCGCAGUGCCAAAUACGUCGUCGUUUCCAAGGAGAAAGUGCCGUACGACUACCUGGUUCUGUGCACGGGACAGAGCUACCAGGCCUUGGCUCCCAUGGGAGAAUAUAUCAGUGAAGUCACAAGCCAGUGGCCACAGAGAUACACAGAGAAAGUCCCUUCCAAUCUCUUCACUCUCAAUGAUGCCCAGGACUGCUUCGAGGCAGCACUCUGGCUGGAGGAACACCGCCUCAUCAGGUCCACAGAGAACAUCAUUGUCUAUGGGAACACAAUUGACACGUACACCACGGUAGAAGGCCUCUUAUCCCUUGGGAUUGAGGGUUCCCGCAUCCAUCUGGUGUGGGCUCCGCCGGGCUCUGCCAGCCCCUGCCUGCUCGAGGCCGCCCUGGAACAAGCAGUGUGCGAGGCCCUGGAAGGGGCACGUGUGGUUGUGCACCCCAACAGCAUCCUGGCACAGUGGGGACAUGGUGACAACGGCCUCCUCACCUGGGCUGCCUUCACCACUGCCUCCACCCUCCUCCACCUGCAGUGCUCUGCAUUUUUUAGCUUUGCCUACAGGACACUGGAUUAUGACAUCUUUAAGGCUGUCACUGAUGCUUGCCUUGUUUUUGAUGGAAGAGUUGUGAUUGAUACUGAGUUCCACACUAAUGAUGCCAGCAUCAGGGCUGCAGGUCCUCUGACAAAGUUCUCCAGGAGAUACUACAGGGAUGAAUUAACACACAGCAACUUCAACUCCAAGGAGAUUGGCUUUGAGCUUGCUGUUUCCAUGCUGAGUCUCUUUGAUUCAAAGCUUCAGCCCAGUUCUGAGCCACCAGAAGGCUCAGACAGACUCAUCCCCGUAUACAGGAGGUGUAAAGUUCAAGGUGGUGUUCUUCCUGGAGGUUAUAACUACUUGCACAUUUCCAAGCCUGGAAUCCCUGUGCCCUUGGAUGUAGAAAUUGACCCAUAUGAUCGUGGGACAGAGAUUGUAACUGGGGAGGCCAGUCAGGGGAAUUACUUCAGGAUACACUUCAGCAGAUACAAUAUGGUGGACAGCAUCACCUGCUUUUCCAAGGAACCCUUCCCUGUGUCCAACUACAUCUGCUUGUACGGGCAGCACGAGCGCCUCCUCAAUGACCUGUACUACCGCUGGGGGGCCGGGCAGCUCACAGACCUCUACAGCUACUUCAGGGAACCUUGGUCCUUGGCCAUCUAUCACGAUCGGUUUAUUGAUCUGCAGAAGGAACUGCACCAAAUGCUGAUGUCAGAAGAGGUAAGAAAAAUGACUGGCGAGUGCAUUUUAUUAUUUAGGCAAUUUGUUGGUGUUGGUCACUUUGAUUUCUGCUCCCAUCUGUAUCCUGAAGCUUUAUGUUUCUGUUUACCUCUCUCUUCGGGGAAGCCAGAGCAGACUGUGUACCUCACAGGGGGGUCACCAUGUACAGCACAGCAUUCAGUUUUCUGCUUUGGGUGUAUUCUCAAAUCUGCCAGUGCAACUCAAACUUGCCUUGUUGUCCAUGACUGCAUUUUUGCAUUAUAGCUGCAAUUUUGUACAAGUGGAAUCAGGAGCCUGGCUUGUCCAUGUAUCCCCCUUGGGUUUAGGGGUGUUCCCUAACAGGAAUAUGCUAUGGGCCGUCCUACACCUCUCUUAGCUGAGCCUUGGGUAGGUUUUUCAACACCUAACCACAGGGAAUGGCUUUUGUAGUCCAAAGGGUGAAAGCAAGUGGCUUUUUCAGUGAUAAGUGGAUUUCCUGAAUAAGGGUGGAAUUAAAAUGUUUGCUAAUGCUGUUUUACAGCUUUGGCCCCAGCACCAUAACAGAGGCAUAAAGCCUCAGGAGCCAGGAACUGCCUGCCCAAAAUCCAGAGUCACUCUGCUCUCCAUGGGGAGAACUAAUAACAGCAGCAGGUGCCAGGCAGCCCCCAGAGCUGCCUUCCCCACCUCCUGAGGAACUUCUGGCUGAUCCCAAACAGAAUUUAUGGUCUGAUUUUGGUGCUUCCAGCCCAGUACCCGGGACCAGUUCACGCUGUCCCUGCUCACACUGCUCUGCCUUUGUUUAACCCCAUGUGGUUCCAGACGGUGGCACUGGGUUUUAAACGUGUGCUCACUGAGUUUUUAACUGUGCAGAAAAUGAAUGGAAUUGAGUGUAAAUGGAGGCAGGGUGGCAGGAGGAAGUGGAGCCCAUAGCCCAUCUAUCUCCAGAGCCCAAUGCUGCUGUAUCCCAGCUGCAGCCAUGUGUGCUCAGCCCUGCCUUGUCCCCAAAGGGCUCAGAGCUAUUUGCCUCCUGUUGUCCUGACCCAGAAAGGGAAUGGUGCAGUUUAAUUUGGGUUCUCUUGGAAGACCUCUAUAAAAGAGUGCAAAAUUAAGUUCUGUGCAGAAUGAGGGCCCUGAUGUGAAGUAUUUUUCUUGCCAUCAUUCAAACUUAUUUAUCAUGCUGUUAGUGUGAACAGCUUGGGAGAGAGGGGAAUUAGUGCCCUACAAAUGAAGGACUUGCUUGCCUUACCCUUUGUGGCAGCAGUCCUGACACAGAGAGCCUCCUUGCAAAGCCUGGAAGCAGCUCUGUGUGAGUCAGGAUUCCUAUGGACAUAGGUGAUGAUUUCAUUCAUUUCCAUCUGAAUGAAAAUUUGACAUUUUGGACUUUUAUUUUUUUUUUCACAGUGAUUUUAGCUAUAUUUGCUAAAUGUUACAAUUUAUGUUUUCAUUGGGUGGUCCUUCUGGGCACAUUCCCAGAUCCAGAGCUGGUACCAUGUGCUCUUGGAAUAUCUCUUAAAUGCCUCAGGACUGGUUGUAUUUCUGUAUGAAGUAAGAGACCUACUGUCUUUGUCUCCUGAUGCUCAUAUUCUAGCUCAUUUCAGCAUGCAGAAAAAUUACUAAUGAAGUGCAAAAAUGAGGGAGAGAUAUGUUUAAGAGCUGUGGGCAUAAAUGCACAGAAGUCAGAUAUUUCUGAUUAGUUUCCAGAGAAAGUGAAAAGUGAAAAAAGAGAAAAUGUCCUGCACUGGGGAUAAUAUUUACAGAAAUAUUUGCUAAUCGAAGCACUAACUGCACAGACACAGAAAAGCCAGUUAUGUUCUGGGCCGGGCUGUGCAUUUAGCCUGUGUUGAAAUUGUCACCCGAGGCUGCCCUGGCAGCGCGGGGCUCUGGCAGGGCCGCUGGCACGGGCCGUGUUUACCCCUCGGGGAUCGCAGCCAUGUGUUUGUGGCAGCCCCGGCGAUGCAAACAUGCAGAUGGCAGGGCUGGGCUGGGGGCUGCACCUCCAUCAGCUGCUGGAUGCUGCCUGCCGCACGCCCUGGGCACACGUGCCGUGCCAGAGCUACCGGAGCAGCGCUUGUGGUCCGUCAGCAAUCAUGGCCUGGUGCUCUGGCUGCAGCUGGGCCGGGCUGAGGCUCGGGUAAAAGCAGCCACAGUAAAUAUAGGGCAUGUGGGGGGCGAGGGGAAGUGUGGAAUUCCUCUGGCAAAACCCCUCUGAGAGGGGUUCCGCACGGGUCUGCUCCAUACAACCCUUGCACCUGUGGCUGGUCAUUUGUGAGGGAGAGGUGAACAAACAGUCGAGCACCACCGGCCCCAGGGUGUACUCAGUGUGAGCCCCAUUCCACACCCCACUGUUGCCUGUAUCCUAACCCCGACAUGUUUUCAGGCCGUGUUGGGACCUCGCUGCCGUGUACCCCGAGUCCCGUUUGUCUGACAGACAUCUCUGUCUUGCAGGUGCCCGGGCAGCUGCCUAGGCUGAAACCCGGCCGGCCAUCGCUUCGGGAGCCCGUCCUGCGCUACCUGC